AUGAAUAAUGGCUUCUUACAGAACACCGAUUCUGUGAGAAAUACUUCCUUGCUGACUGGCUGGGUAGAAAUAACACUUCAGGAUAUCAACGACAACCCACCGGUGUUUCCAACAGACACUCUGGACCUCACUGUGGAGGAGAACAUUGGAGAUGGCGCUAAGAUUAUGCAGCUGACUGCUGUGGAUGCUGAUGAGGGUGCAAAUGCUCUGGUCACAUAUGCUCUCAUUAGUGGAGCUGACGACAGCUUCCGAAUUGACCCUGAAUCUGGAGAUCUCAUAGCCACCAAGAGGCUGGACAGAGAGCACAGGUCCAAGUAUUCAUUGCUGGUUCGAGCAGAUGAUGGCCUUCAGUCCUCUGACAUGAGGAUAAACAUCACCAUCAGCGAUGUGAAUGACCACACCCCCAAGUUCUCCAGGCCUGUGUACUCUUUUGACAUCCCAGAAGAUACAACCCCUGGUUCUCUGGUGGCAGCUCUUUUAGCCACAGAUGACGACUCAGGUGUGAAUGGAGAAAUCACAUAUGUCGUGGAUGAAGACGAUGGGGAUGGCGUGUUUUUCCUGAACCCAGUUACUGGUGUCUUCAACUUGACUCGAGCCCUGGAUUAUGAAACGCAGCAGUAUUACAUACUUACGGUCCGUGCUGAGGAUGGUGGGGGACAGUUCCGCACCAUCCGAGCCUACUUCAACAUCCUUGAUGUCAAUGACAAUCCACCUGUCUUCAGCAUGAGCUCCUAUAGCACAUCCUUAAUGGAAAAUCUGCCUCUCGGAUCUACUGUUCUUGUGUUUAACGUCACUGACGCAGAUGAUGGUGUCAACUCUGAGCUGUCCUACAGCAUUGCUUCAGGUGACAGCCUUGGGCAGUUUGCAGUGGAUAAGCACGGGGUCCUCAAAACCCUCAAGACUUUGGACCGUGAAAGCCAGUCCUUCUACAACCUGGUCAUUCAGGUCCAUGACUCCCCCCAGCCUCCUGCCUCCAGGUUCACAAGCACAGCCCAAGUCUCCAUCAUCUUGUUAGAUGUCAAUGAUAAUCCACCCACGUUUCUUUCCCCCAAGUUGACUUAUGUUCCAGAAAACACACCUAUUGAUACUGUUGUCUUCAAGGCUCAAGCGACAGACCCAGACAGUGGCCCCAACAGCUACAUUGAGUACACUCUACUGAACCCUUCGGCAAACAAGUUCAGCAUUGGGACCAUCGACGGUGAGGUGCAUCUCACUGGAGAGCUGGACAGAGAGGAAGUUUCCAAUUACAGCCUGACAGUGGUGGCCACAGACAAAGGACAACCACCCCUGUCCUCCUCUACAGAGGUUGUGGUUAUGGUCCUGGACAUCAAUGAUAACAACCCAGUUUUUGCUCAGGCUGUGUACAGAGUGCAGAUUAAGGAGAACACCCUCACCGGUACAGAUAUAAUCCAAGUGUCAGCAACAGACAGUGACGAAGGCACCAAUGGGCAGGUUCGCUAUGGCAUCCUGGCUGGAAACACACAGCAGGAGUUCAGGAUGGACUCUGUGACAGGCACCAUCACAGUGGCUAAGUCUUUGGAUCGGGAGACAACCCCUGCUUACACUUUAACUGUUCAGGCUUCGGAUCGGGGCAGUAGCCCCAGAACGGAUGUUUGCACUGUCACCAUCACUUUACUUGACAUGAAUGAUUUCGUCCCUGUAUUUGAGCUGUCUCCGUAUUCCGUGAAUGUCCCUGAAAAUUUAGGGACCCUGCCCAGAACCAUUCUUCAGGUGGUGGCAAGAGAUGAUGAUCAAGGGCCUAAUAGCCAGCUCUCCUAUGUUCUGCUUGGUGGAAAUGAAGACAAUGCUUUUGCCCUCACGGCCAGUGGGGAGCUUCGGGUGACCCAGAGUCUGGACCGAGAAGCAAGGGAUCACUUCAUCCUGGUUGUCACAGCUGCUGAUGCAGGAUCCCCAGCCUUGACGGGAACAGGGACAAUCAAUGUUCUGGUAGAUGAUAUCAAUGACAAUGUCCCCACUUUUGCCAGUAGCAUACACUUUACUGCAAUUCCUGAGGAUGCCCCGACGGGGACAGAUGUCUUGCUGGUGAAUGCCUCGGAUGCAGAUGCUGCGGCAAAUGCCAUCAUCAGUUACAGUAUCAUCGGUGGAAACUCGCAGUUCACCAUCAACCCAUCCACGGGACAGAUCAUCACCAGCGCAUUGCUGGACAGAGAAACCAAGGAUAAUUAUACUUUGGUUGUGGUUGCCAGUGAUGCCGGGUCUCCAGAGUCUCUCUCCAGUUCUACUAGUGUGCUUGUGACAGUGACGGAUGUCAAUGACAACCCACCCCGGUUCCAACAUCACCCGUAUGUCACACACAUCCCAUCUCCUACUCUUCCAGGUUCCUUUGUCUUUGCUGUCACAGUCACUGAUGAGGACAUUGGAUCCAAUUCUGAACUCCAUUAUUCACUCUCAGGUAGAAACUCUGAAAAAUUUCACAUCGACCCCCUGAGGGGGGCAAUCAUGGCAACUGGUCCUCUAAGUGGAGCUUCUGAGGUGACAUUCUCUGUCCAUGUGAAAGAUGGCGGCUCAUUUCCAAAGACUGAUUCUACUACAGUGACUGUUAGGUUUGCCAACAAGGCAGAUUUCCCCAAAGUCAGAGCCAAAGAACAAACAUUCAUGUUUCCAGAAAAUCAGCCAGUAGGCACACUGGUCACCACAAUCACAGGGUCCUCUUUGAGAGGAGAAACAUUGUCCUACUACAUUGCAAGUGGAAAUCUGGGCAAUACUUUCCAAAUUGAUCCGUUAACAGGACAGGUGUCCAUCAGUCAGCCUUUGGACUUUGAACAGAUACAAAAAUAUGUUGUUUGGAUUGAAGCCAGAGACGGGGGCUUCCCUCCUUUCUCCUCUUAUGAGAAGCUUGACAUCACAGUGUUGGAUAUCAAUGACAAUGCUCCAGCUUUUGAAGAAGAUCCAUUUGUGUCUGAGAUCCUGGAAAACCUAUCCCCUCGAAAAAUACUUACAGUUUCAGCAACAGACAAGGACAGUGGGCCCAAUGGACAGCUAGACUAUGAGAUUGUGAAUGGGAACAAGGAGAGCAGUUUCACCAUUAAUCAUGCUACAGGUGAAAUCAGGAGCAUUCGACCACUAGACAGAGAAAAAAUAUCUCACUAUGAGCUCACUGUAAAAUCUUCAGACAAAGGGUCCCCUUCUCAGAGCACCUCAGUAAGAGUCAUCAUCAAUAUUUUAGAUGAAAAUGAUAAUGCACCCAGGUUUUCUCAGAUAUUCAGUGCUUAUGUUUCUGAAAACUCCCCCUUGGGAUACACGGUUACCCGUGUCACAACUUCUGAUGAAGACAUUGGCAUAAAUGCGAUUAGUAGGUAUUCCAUAGUGGAUACAAGUCUUCCGUUUACAAUCAACCCCAACACGGGAGAUAUUGUCAUCAGUCGACCUUUAAACAGAGAAGAUACAGAGCGAUACAGGAUCCGAGUAUCUGCACACGAUUCUGGGUGGACUGUAAGUACUGAUGUCACCAUAUUUGUGACAGACAUCAAUGACAACACGCCAAGAUUUAGCAGACCAUCUUAUUAUUUGGAUUGCCCUGAACUUACUGAGGUUGGCUCCAGAGUUACUCAAGUAUCUGCCACAGACCCCGAUGAGGGGUCAAAUGGACAAGUGUUUUAUUUCAUAAAGUCACAGUCAGAGUAUUUCAGAAUCAAUGCCACCACUGGAGAGAUUUUCAAUAAACAGGUGUUAAAAUACCAAAACGUCAGCGGCUUCAGCAAUGUGAACAUCAAUAGGCACAGUUUCAUUGUGACGGCUUCUGACAGAGGCAGCCCUUCCUUACUCAGUGAGACCACGGUUACCAUCAACACAGUGGACAGCAAUGACAACCCACCCCAGUUUCUCAGAAAUAACUACUUCACUCCAGUUACCAAAAAUGUGAAAGUGGACACUAAGUUAAUCAGAGUGACUGCGGUGGAUGACAAAGACUUUGGAUUAAACUCUGAAGUGGAGUAUUUCAUAUCCAGUGGGAACCACUUAGGGAAAUUUAAGUUGGACAAUGAUACCGGGUGGAUGACAAUCGCCUCUCCCUUGGUUUCUGAUCUAAAUCAGAACUUCUUUAUCACAGUCACAGCAAAGGACAAAGGGAACCCUCCACUCUCUUCCCAAGCAAUUGUUCACAUCACGGUCACUGAAGAGAACUACCACACGCCUGAAUUCUCUCAGAGCCAUAUAAGCGCCACCAUCCCUGAGAGCCACAGCGUUGGGGCUGUGGUCAGAACUGUCUCCGCCAGAGACCGGGACACAGCCAUGAACGGUUUGAUCAGGUAUGACAUUUCUUCGGGGAAUGAAGAAGGCAUCUUUGCAAUAAAUUCUUCCACAGGUGUGUUAACACUAGCUAAAGCUCUGGAUUACGAGCUGUGCUCAAAGCACGAGAUGACCAUUAGCGCCACCGAUGGAGGAUGGGUGGCGAGAACUGGCUACUGCAGCCUGACUGUGAAUGUGAUCGAUGUGAAUGACAAUUCUCCAGUGUUUGUUCCUGAUGAAUUUUUCCCAACUGUCAUGGAAAAUGCCCCGAGUGGGACCACUGUCAUUCACCUAAAUGCAAGAGACGCUGACUCGGGAGCCAAUGCUGUGAUUGCAUACACUGUGCAAUCAUCAGACAGUGACCUGUUCGUCAUUGACCCCAACACAGGGGUCAUCACCACUCAAGGCUUCUUGGAUUUUGAAACCAAACAGAGCUAUCACCUCACUGUGAAAGCCUUCAAUGUCCCUGAUGAGGAAAAGUGCAGCUUUGCCACCGUUGACAUCCAGUUGAAGGGGACCAAUGAGUAUGUGCCUCGCUUUGUUUCCAAGCUCUACUACUUCGAAGUCUCAGAAGCAGCUCCUAGGGGGACUGCUGUUGGAGAAGUGUUUGCCAGUGACAGGGACAUGGGUGCUGAUGGAGAAGUACAUUAUUUGAUCUUUGGGAACAGCAGGAAGAAGGGCUUCCAGAUCCACAAGAUGACAGGGCAGAUCUAUGUGUCUGGGCUUCUUGAUAGAGAAAAAGAAGAAAGGGUGUCAUUGAAGGUAUUGGCCAAGAACUUCGGCAGCAUUCGGGGUGCAGACAUCGAUGAGGUCACUGUGAACAUCACUGUACUUGAUGCCAAUGACCCGCCAGUGUUUAGUCUAAGCACCUACAGAGUACAGAUUAGUGAAGGGGUCCCCAUUGGGACCCACGUGACCUUUGUGAGCGCCUUUGACUCAGACUCCAUCCCUAGCUGGAGCAGGUUCUCAUACUUCAUUGGAUCAGGGAAUGAAAACGGUGCCUUUUCCAUUAACCCACAGACAGGGCAGAUCACAGUCACCUCGGGGCUGGACCGGGAAAGCCUUCCUGUUUAUAAUCUUACGGUCUUGGCUGUGGACUCAGGGACCCCCUCUGCCACAGGAAGUGCUUCCUUGUUAGUUACUUUGGAAGACAUCAAUGAUAACGGCCCAGUGUUGACUGUCAGUGAAGGAGAAGUUCUAGAAAACAAACGCCCGGGAACUCUAGUAAUGACCCUGCAGUCCACAGAUCCUGACCUCCCCCCAAAUCAAGGCCCCUUCAACUAUUACCUGCUGAGCACAGGCCCGGCCACUAAUUAUUUCAGUCUCAACACUGCUGGAGUUCUGAGCACAACCCGGGAGAUCGACAGAGAGCAGAUUGCAGACUUCUAUCUGUCCGUGGUCACCAGGGAUUCUGGGGCGCCUCAGAUGUCGUCCACGGGAACUGUACACAUCACUGUUCUAGAUCAAAAUGACAACCCCUCACAGUCCCGCACAGUGGAGAUAUUUGUUAAUUAUUACGGUAACUUAUUUCCUGGCGGGAAUCUGGGCUCGGUGAAGCCCCAGGAUCCAGAUGUGUUAGACAGUUUCCACUGUUCCCUCACUUCAGGAGUCACCAGCCUCUUCAGUAUCCCAGCAGGCAGCUGUGACCUGAGCUCCCAGCCCAGGUCCACAGAUGGCACCUUCGAUCUGACAGUUAUCAGCAGCGAUGGGGUUCACAGCGCAGUCACCAACAAUAUCCGAGUUUUCUUUGUAGGAUUCUCCAAUGCUACGAUAGAGAACAGCAUCUUGCUCCGCCUUGGAGUUCCCACCGUCAAGGACUUCCUGACUAACCACUACCUUCACUUCCUGCGCAUCGCUGGUUCCCAGCUUACAGGCUUGGGCACAGCAGUGCAGCUCUAUGCUGCCUAUGAGGAGAACAACAGAACAUUCCUUUUAGCGGCUGUGAAGCGAAAUAAUAACCAGUACGUGAACCCCAGUGGUGUAACCACCUUCUUUGAAAGCAUCAAAGAGAUCCUCUUCCGUCAGAGCGGGGUAAAGGUGGAAUCCGUGGAUCAUGACCCAUGCAUUCACGGCCCAUGUCAGAACGGAGGCAGCUGCCUUCGAAGGCUUGCUGUGGGCUCUGCGCUGAAGAUCCAGGAGAGUCUGCCUGUCAUCAUCGUGGCCAACGAGCCACUGCAGCCUCAGCAGUGCAAGUGUGUGCCAGGCUACGCUGGAAGCUGGUGUGAAGUGGAUAUUGACGAAUGCCUUCCGGCCCCUUGCCACAAUGGGGGGACCUGCCACAACUUAGUUGGGGGUUUUUCCUGCAGCUGCCCAGAUGGCUUCACUGGGAGAGCCUGUGAGAGAGACAUCAACGAAUGCCUGCCCAGCCCUUGCAAGCAUGGAGCUGUCUGUCAGAAUUUCCCUGGAGGAUUCAACUGUGUGUGCAAAACUGGCUACACAGGAAAAAUGUGUGAAUCUUCUGUCAAUUACUGUGAAUGCAAUCCCUGCUUCAACGGUGGCUCCUGUCAGAGUGGCGUGGAAUCAUACUACUGCCAUUGUCCGUUCGGUGUCUUUGGGAAACAUUGUGAACUGAACAGUUAUGGAUUUGAGGAACUAUCAUACAUGGAAUUUCCCAGCCUGGACCCCAACAACAAUUAUAUUUAUGUCAAGUUCGCAACUAUCAAAAGUCAUGCUUUAUUGCUUUAUAACUAUGACAACCAGACGGGAGAACGGGCAGAGUUCCUGGCACUGGAAAUUGCUGAAGAAAGACUCAGAUUCUCAUAUAAUCUGGGCAGUGGGACGUACAAACUGACCACUAUGAAGAAGGUGUCGGAUGGACAAUUCCACACAGUGAUUGCGCGGCGAGCAGGAAUGGCGGCUUCUUUAACUGUGGACUCCUGCUCUGAGAACCAAGAGCCAGGCUACUGUACUGUCAGCAAUGUGGCGGUUUCAGAUGACUGGACCCUUGAUGUUCAGCCAAACAGAGUCACUGUUGGAGGAAUCAGGUCUCUAGAGCCAAUCCUUCAGAGGAGGGGGCAUGUGGAGAGCCAUGACUUUGUGGGCUGUGUAAUGGAGUUUGCUGUCAAUGGACGACCCUUGGAGCCCAGUCAGGCUCUUGCAGCACAAGGCAUCCUUGAUCAGUGCCCUAGGCUAGAAGGCACGUGCGCUCGCAACCCUUGCCAGCACGGUGGCACCUGUGUGGACUUCUGGUCAUGGCAGCAGUGUCAAUGCAUGGAGGGGCUGACUGGGAAGUACUGUGAGAAAUCUGUCACUCCGGACACUGCUUUGUCACUAGAAGGCAAAGGACGACUGGACUACCACAUGAGCCAGAGUGAAAAGCGAGAAUACUUGCUGACACAGAGUAUACGGGAUGCUGUGUUGGAGCCUUUUGGUGUCAACAGUCUAGAAGUAAAAUUCAGGACUCGAAGUGAGAAUGGCAUUUUAAUCCAUAUCCAGGAAAGCAGCAAUUAUACCACGGUGAAGAUUAAGAAUGGCAAAGUGCACUUUACGUCAGACGCAGGUGUUGCUGGGAAAGUGGAGAGAAGCAUUCCUGAAGCAUAUGUUGCAGAUGGCCACUGGCACACCUUCCGGAUCUCAAAGAACGGAAGCACCACGAUGCUGUCUGUAGACAGAAUAUACAGCAGAGACAUUGUCCACCUCACACAAGACUUUGGUGGCCUCGAGGUGCUUACCAUAUCUCUGGGAGGAAUCCCACCCAACCAAGCCCACCGAGACACUCAGACAGGUUUCAAUGGCUGCAUUGCCUCGGUGCUCUACGGUGGAGAGAGCCUCCCCUUCAGUGGCAAGCAUAGCUUGGCCUCCAUCUCCAAAACCGACCCUUCCGUGAAGAUCGGCUGUCGGGGUCCCAACAUCUGUGCCAGCAACCCCUGCUGGGGCGACCUUCUGUGCAUCAACCAGUGGUAUGCCUACAAAUGUGUCCCUCCUGGUGACUGCGCAUCCCACCCCUGCCAGAACGGAGGCAGCUGUGAGCCAGGCCUGCUCUCCGGCUACACCUGCAGCUGCCCAGAGUCACAUACAGGGAGGACCUGUGAGACGGUGGUGGCCUGCCUUGGUGUCCUCUGUCCUCAGGGGAAGGUGUGCAAGGCUGGAAGUCCCGGGGGACACGUGUGUGUCCAGACUCAGGGCCCAGAUGAGCUCUCCUUACCUCUGUGGGCUGUGCCGGCCAUCGUGGGCAGCUGUGCCACGGCCCUGGCAUUGCUUGUCCUCAGCUUGAUUCUAUGCAACCAGUGCAGGGGAAAGAUGCCCAAAAACCCCAAGGAGGAGAAAAAGCCAAAGGAGAAGAAGAAAAAGGGCAGUGAGAACGUGGCCUUUGACGACCCCGACAACAUCCCACCCUAUGGCGAUGAUCUGGCAGUCAGGAAACAACCUGAGGGGAAUCCCAAGCCUGACAUCAUAGAGCGUGAGAACCCUUACCUAAUCUUUGAUGAGACCGACAUCCCCCACAACUCAGAGACUAUCCCUAGUGCCCCGCUGGCUUCUCCAGAGCAGGAGAUUGAGCACUAUGACAUCGACAACGCCAGCAGCAUCGCGCCGUCAGAUGCAGACAUCAUCCAGCACUACAAACAAUUCCGAAGCCACACGCCUAAGUUUUCCAUCCAGCGGCACAGCCCUCUGGGCUUCGCCAGGCAGUCCCCCAUGCCCCUGGGAGCAAGCAGUCUGACCUACCAGCCUUCUUCAUAUGGCCAGGCGUUAAGAUCCAGCUCUCUCAGCCACUCGGCCUGCCCCACUCCCAACCCCCUGUCCAGGCACAGCCCAGCUCCUUUCUCCAAACCAUCUGCAUUCUACAGAAACAGCCCUGCCCGGGAACUGCAUCUUCCUCUGCGGGAUGGGGGUACCCUGGAAAUGCAUGGGGACCCCUGCCAACCUGGCAUGUUCAACUAUGCCACCAGGCUGGGGAGGAGAAGCAAGAGCCCCCAGGCCAUGGCAUCCCACGGCUCGCGACCUGGGAGUCGCCUCAAGCAGCCCAUAGCACAGAUCCCACUAGAAUCCUCUCCUCCCGUGGGACUCUCCAUCGAGGAGGUAGAGAGGCUCAACACCCCUCGCCCUAGAAACCCCAGCAUCUGUAGUGCAGACCAUGGGCGGUCCUCUUCCGAGGAAGACUGCAGAAGGCCCCUGUCCAGAACCAGGAACCCGGCAGAUGGCAUCCCUGCCCCAGAAUCCUCUUCUGACAGUGACUCCCAUGACUCCUUCACGUGCUCAGAAAUGGAAUACGAUAGGGAGAAGCCCAUGGUCUACACCUCCAGGAUGCCCAAGUUGUCUCAAGUCAACGAAUCCGAUGCAGAUGAUGAAGAUAAUUAUGGGGCCAGACUGAAACCCAGAAGGUACCAUGGACGCAGGGCUGAGGGGGGACCGGUGGGCACCCCUGCAGCAGGAUCUGGGGCUGCAGACAGCACCCUGAAGCUGGGGCAGCAGGCAGGCAACUUCAACUGGGAUAACCUUUUGAACUGGGGCCCGGGCUUUGGCCACUAUGUGGACGUCUUUAAAGAUUUGGCCUCUCUCCCGGAAAAAGCAGCGGGUAAUGAAGAAGCUAAAAGCGGGGCAGCUAAAACAGCCCCCAAAGAUGGGGAGGCUGAACAGUACGUGUAAAGUGUAUGUGUGGGCAAGAAACACUCAAAGCAAUAUGUGGCUGCCCACUCGCGUGGGUCACCUUUGUAAAACAGGCCAGUAUAGACCGGUGGCCGCGGGACGCGUUUAAAAUUAACCACAAAGCUGCUCACAUAAACUCCAAACGACUCUUUAAUUUAAAUGUGCUUGGUGGAACGGUCCUCCUGCAUGCAUUGUGUUUUGUGAUGAGUUUGGGGGGCAUGCAACAUUGGGGAGUUUUGCUUUGUGUUUGGUUUGUGGUUUUUACAAUUAAUACAUUACAGUUGCAGACAGGAGCUUGUGCUUUCACAGUGGGGUGUGCUUGUUUCCAUUGUAGUGUUACGAUUGUGUUUUACAUUGCAAGAUCGCUUAAGUUGAACCACUCCAUGCAAAGUGCAGGAAGGAGGAACACUUCCCAUCCUGGGAUGAAGGACUGCACACUGACAACUCUUCAGACGUAUAGGUUCUUAGCUGACGUUGCUCAGACAUGCUAAGGGCUUGUUUCACACGACGGUGGGUACUAAGAUUAAGUCAUUUGUUCAGCACUUUAAAGCUUGCUUAGAAAUGGUCUUGACACUCUGUGUCUCUGUGCGAACAGCCAUGGUCUCCUGACUUACCUCAGGCUUCCACAAGGAACAAGAUGACCGCAUACUGUCCCCAGAACACUGCCACCUUUCUCUUCCGGAAUAACGUUCUCAGCACACUUCUAAGAGACAUUUUUUAAAAAAAGUUAUUUAUUGAAAAAAAAAAGUUCUAUGCUUUUAACAUGUAACAAAUUGACCUAAGCAGGCCCUAAUUGGUUUUCCUUUCUAGCCAUUCAACAUUUACCCCAAGUACCCAGUUUUAUAAUUUAUAUAAAGUCAGAUUGCAACGUUUCUUACUUUCUGUCCUUUUCUAGGUCAUUUUUUAAUACUGUGUAAAACUUUUUUUUUUUUUUUUACACCUGAGCUAUGUUUUUGAUACUGAUAUUUUCCUAUGCCGGAAACUUUUCUUGCUUUCAGGGAAGGCAAGAAACUGCGUUUUUUACAUUUGUUACUUAUGUAACAUUCAUAUUUUCACAGUUUGAUAUCUGUAACAUACUGUAUGCUUUCUACCUGUAAAUGCCAACAAUAGAAUUAAAAUAUUUAUUUAAAA